CAACAAUCAAAAUGGCUGCCCUCUUUGGUCACGGUAACCCACUUUCUACACAAGUUGGACAGUUGAUAGGUAUGUCAGUGUGUGUUUCAAACUAACAUAUGUAUAUAAGAUGUUAUUUUAACACUAUUAAACAGUCAGUUAAUUAGUUAGCAACUGGAAGUGCUUGUUUAGAAUAAAAACUAAAUAAGUCACUGCCGAGUGAGUCAGUCAAAAUCAAUGAAUGCAAUUUCGCCAUUUCGGCAAGUUAUUUAAGUUUAAGUAAUAGUAAUUGUAAUCAUUCAUUCAGACACUCAAAAAACAAAAGCCUUCAAAAUCAUCCUAUCCUAGCACACUCAUACAUUUUGCCCUAGCAAUAUCUCUAUAUAGCUGUAGCAACACAUGCAACCUACAGGGCCGGCUCAAGGCCAAGGCGGGUAUGAUGAUCAUCACACAGGCAAAAUUUGUUUAAGUUAAAAUUUUAAAAAAUUUGGCUGAUGCAGAGAAUUGGUGCCAUUUAGGGAUACUUUUGGGGUUCAGGUUUUAGGGUUCAGGUUAGGUUUAGGGAUACAUAUGGCUUUUGCCAAGAGUUUUCUCACCCUAAGCGCAGUGACAUCACAUUCAUGAUUCAUUGGGCUUGGGGCUGGGGAAUCCCAACACCGGACUUAGGGUGAAUAGAUCUAUUCUUUGAAGGACCCGAACAAUGUGUGUUAUAACAUUCCUGUUCUUUAUUGAGAAUUACUCGCUUCAUAAACGUUACGGCUACUAUGAAGUAUAUUGAAAUGAAAUUUUCCAUUAAUUUGUAUUAAAAUUCAACUUACACGUUUCAAAAGAAAGGAAAAAAGAAACACAUCCUUGCUUAUACCCCAAGACCCAACACGGGGGAAAAAAAGACGCCCACCAAAAUUGCUGUAUUUUGAUUAGUUGAAAUUAAAAUACCCAGAUGUUGAAACUUAGGUAACAAACCCCUCCCCUCGCUUUGAAUACCAAAAUAUAAAUAAGAAACAUAGACCCCUCCCCAGUAUCCCUCCCCAAUUUAGCUAGAAAUAUAAAAUAAGAAAACAAUAACUUGCAUUUUGUAAAUACAAACAUAGAAAUAUUUUUAGUGUGGCACUGUAGAUGGAAAUGGAAGUGGGGGAACCUCCGUGACCUAUUUACCAUGGAACACAUCACCUGCCUUACUGCUAACUCAAAAUCAGCCCACUAAGGGUUCAGGUUAGGUUUAGUGACAGUGAAUUGUAAAAUUUCGUUGCAACCAAAAUGUCAGUUGUGUGACACGUCAUGGCACCAAAUGACUGCAUUUGCCCAAAAAACUAUUUCUGAACCCUUCCCAUAAUUUUCCAGAGGACGACAAUUGCCUAUUUUCACCCAAUCUAAAAAUGUCUAGCGAUGGUCCUGAACACGCUCUACAGAAAGAUACACUUGGUUAUAAUAUGUGCUAGUAGUGUUCAACAAAGAUGAAAUUGGUGUUGUUAUAAAGCUUAUAGCUAGCCCUUCCAAAUUAUGUAUCACUCAGGGCAAUCGGAUAAUAUUUAAAUUUUGUGUCAAAGUACCUAUUUACUUGUAUUCUUUAAUAAUAAUAGUUAACUAAUACUGAAUUACUUUUAAAAUUUUUUAAUUGAUUUCUAAAGCGUCUUUAUACAUCACGCAAACAAAGUUACAUAGCCCCAUUUGUUUUUGUAAUCACCUAUAAGUUAGAAUGCUAAACGAAAUUUUCAAACUGUAGGCAUGUUCACAAAAAAGAAAGAAAUGCUGGAAACAAAAAUAGGUGGGGGGGUUGAACUUAGAUGUUCCGUAUUGGGAUAGGGGCCAAACAUUUGUGUUUUUUUCUUAUAUGAGAUGUAUAAUUAUAAUUCCAAAGAAAGGCUCCUGCACUGCAUGGGUGAAUGGAUCUAGAUCAGGGGUGGCCUACAUGAGGCCCGCAUGAUUUCACUGGAAAAAGGGAUCCAAUUGGGAUCAGGAUCCCAUCAUGAUCCCACCGGGAAACUAGAUGCUUUCAGAAAACGGGAUCUGAAUCCCAUCGGGAAACGAAAGGUUAACAAAAGUUAUUAUAUGUGUUAAUAUAGGAGACAAAAUAAUUAUUUUAUUUUUUUACGAUAGCGGUGUUUUUUGUUUGUUUUUUUUUUUGUUGUCCACAUUUCACUUAAUAUCAAUGUGAAUUAAAAGGCAGUAGCAGAUGUUUUUUUUCUUCUGAUUGCAAUUCAGUGCAACAUCUGGUAUUUUGGCCAACAUUUAUUUUAAUGCAGAUACAUCCAAUUGGGCAGCUUUUAUAACGUAUCUUUGAACACAGUUACAUACUGUCAUCAGUAUGGAGAAAUUAAUCUCUUAUUUGAUUGCAAUAGUACACAACAAAAGAUGAUACCAAAGGAUAAAUACAAUAACAAAGAAUACGAUACUCAAACCAGGGCUAAUUACGAUUAAUAGGUUUUAUGAAGUUAAUUAUAAACUACAAAAUUAAAAAGAAAUAUAAUUAAAGCUACUGACUUACAGAAUAAUGUUUUUCCUGUACCGGUACAAUGUUGAACAAAACACAAUGUGCAAAAAGGGUACAAUGGGGAAAAGAAAUCUACACACAUACAGUAAACAAAGCUCUCUAGCAAAAAUAGCACACAUUCAAAAACUCACGUCUCUCAUCUGAAUCUGCCCCCUGUCGCUCAAUUUUGGCUUAUAUAGUCUUUUUCAUAGAUUACGCAAAGUAAUCGUCUCUCAGACGUUCCACAUAAUUCUACAAGGUUCUAAGAAUAAAAGAAUUGAUUGUAGCUAAUGGUAGCCGAGGUCAAAAGAAUAUAAUUUGUUAGCCACAUCUUAAUAAUAGCGCAGUCAAAUUUUGGGGUCAGCUAGAGUUCAAAGCAUGGGGAAAUAUGAUGUAAACACGUUGUCUACAUAACAACACAGAAGAGUUAUCCUUGAUUUACACAAUGGCUCCGUAAUAAACAAAAGAUUCAUGAAAAAUGAACUUUUUUAAUUCUUGUAAAAUUAGUUCAAUUGUUGUUGAAUUUAAAAAAAUUUGAUUUUACUUUAACUUUAACAAAUUUUUUUAAUAAAGAAUUCACUAAAGUUUACACACGAAAAUACUAGAUUGGAUCAGAAGUAAUAUACGCACCUGAACUGCACUUUUACCACCAAACUAACUCCUGUUAUUUCGCACACUUUCUAUUUUGCUAUUCUCACACUUGACUUGUUUCUUCAGUUCACUCAUAAUUCUUGUGUUACCAAAACUAACUGAGUGAUAAUACGUUACAUUGGGAAAUGGCGUCGGUGGGCUGUCGAGCGCAUGCUCUUAAAACAACCCCCCCCCCCCUGGCCGACUCUCCCGAGGUUUUGGGCGGGUUUUCUUCCACUCCGGGGGAAUGGUGUGGUGUUACCACCCCCCACAGCCCAGGGAGUCUUUCAGUCAGGACAAAAGCUGGGACGAAAAGGUUGCCUAGGAACAGCUUUCUCACGGCUGCGUAGCUAGAAUCAUUGGCAUGGGUUUUAACAUAAUACAAGUGUGACAAUACAAGUAAUGAAAUGUUUUGAGAAAAUUCUGAAAGAAAUUUUGAAUGAAGUACAGCAAAAACUUGACCCCCAUCGAUUUGUGUACAAACCUCCCAGAAGUACGGAGGAUGCAAUCUUACUUUUGUUGGAGAUACUUAACCAUCACCUUGACAGUCCUAAAACAUAUGCCAGAGUGCUUUUCUUAGACUUCUCAUCAGCAUUUAACACUAUCCAACCACACCUUAUGAUAAAGAAACUUUCCUCAUUAGGUGUCAAUUUAAAUAUUCAGGCUUGGAUACUGAACUUUUUAACAAAUCAACCACAAUAUGUCAAGGUAAAUAACCAAUUAUCUCUAACCAGAGAAAUAAGCACCGAGCACCACAGGGCUGCGCUCUCUCCCCUGUACUGUAUACAAUAUAUACCAUUGUUAUUCAAAGCUGAAGCGACACCAUUCCAAUCUUAAAAUUUGCUGAUGAUACCUCGAUUGUUGGCUUAAUAUCUGAAGGAGAAGGCCUAUACCGCAACUUAUUUACAAGCUUUACCAAUUGGUGCGAUGAAAAUUUUCUCCAGCUGAAUGUUUCAAAAAAAAGGAAGUGUUUGUUGAUUUCAGAUCUCAACAUCAAAAAAUGAAAAUGUAGAGAAAGUGGACGCAUACAAGUACUUUGGUGUCAUCAUUAGUAAUAAGCUAUGUUUGAAAUAAUUUAUUAUAAUUUCUUGUGUUCAAAUUGUUUUAUUUAUGUGCUGAAAAUGUAUAAUGCAAUGAUAAAACAUUUCCAUUUGUUUGGAUCAAUAAAAGAAUCUUAUCUUAUACUAUACUAUACUGUCUAACUGUCCAUAUUUACCUUAACUUAAACUCAUAAAUUGUUUUUAAUGCCUAGACAUUUGGUAAUAUUUCAUUUUAAAGGGAAUUUUAAUGAAUAGUUUGAAAUAACUUAAUGGAUUUUUGAGUAUUUGUCAGUGUCACCUAACUGAUUUUGACCUUUUUCUAUAAGAAGAACCCCUCAAUAACAGAAGAGGUUUCCUUAGACCUACAGACCGAAAAUGUUGCAGUAAAUGAUAAAAGAUGUCAAGAGUUUAAUUUUUUUUGGUUCUAGCACAAUUGGUUAAACGGCUGUUGUUGAGGUACAGAAAGACCGUUUCUGAAUAAAUAAAGUCCUAUAACAUCACUCUUUAGAAAAAGAAUGCAGUAUAGUCUAUACUUGUUCUAAAUCCAGUUAUCUUGUGUACAUUUAUAACUCCCUCCUAAUCCAACCCUAUAAAUAAUUUGAUUGUGUACACAGUUAUAAAGAAAAUUUUUUUUUAAAAUCCAGACUUAAAAAAUUUUUUUAUCACGCGAGAAAAAGAUUUGAAAACUAAAAAAACAUAGAGUAUAAUGUAUAUGACAGGUACUCUCAUGGCACAUCUAACCUUGUUGACUAUUUCCAAAAAAUGGAUGAUUGCCGCUUCCAAAGAAAUAUGUGGUCUCCUUGUGUCUUUCCCUGCAUGUAUUCAGCUAUCAAUAUCAUUUAAUGUGUUUGUGAGAGGCAUAUCACAUUAUGAAAGUCUAAUAACUAGUAUUAAAUAUAGGUCAAAUGCUGGUACUAAUAAAAGUAUAGUGGCUGUGACCUUUAACAAAAAUUGGUUUUAACUGCUGCUAUGAUCUUAUAAAUAUUACAUUCUGACAUUUCAUUAUUCACUGUAGGUACUUCGAAACUCCCUUAGCACUUCCAAUCAUAGCAAUCGCAAAAUGUAAUCCAAUUUUCCACACAGCUUUACUGUGACUUAAGUUAAUAUUUUUUUUGCUCAUUGUUUUCUAUAAUUCAGUCAGUUUCGCUACAGAUAAUUAUAAAAAUCUCAUUUGACCCACUCAUAAGCCUCAUUUAUGAAAUAUAAAGAAAAUCCUGGCUGACUCCCCCAAAAAGUCAUAUUUGCUUGACCCUCUUCCGGCAAGGCUGUUGUACGAAUGUUUAGAUGAAAAAGUCCCGAUAAUAACUAAUAUCAUAAAUCAGUCUUUAAAAUCUGGUAUUGUUCCAUCUUCUUUUAAAGAGGCGGUUGUAACUCCACUGCUAAAAAAGGCGAAUCACGACCCAAAUGUGUUGGAAAAUUAUGGCCCGUCUCUAAUCUUCCAUUUGUAUCUAAGAUUUUGGAGAGUCGUUCUCCGCCAGCUCCUGAAUCACCUCAUUCAGUGUGACUUGUUUGAGCCUUUCCAGUCAGCAUACAGGGUGCAUCACUCUACCAAGACAGCCCUGUUGCGCAUCGUAAAUGACCUUCUGUCAUCUUGUGUCGAGGGCAAGAUAUCGCUUUUGUCGCUACUCGAUCUAUCGGCUGCGUUCGACACGCUUGACCACGGCAUACUUCUCCAACGUCUGGAAAAUACAUUCGGUUUCACCGAUACCGUCCUGAAAUGGUUCCUUUCGCAUCUAACAAAUCGAAGCAAUCUUUCAUCGAAUUCGGAGUACCCCAGGGCUGGGUCCAAGGCCCGGUGCUUUUCACAAUGUACGUUCAGCCCGUGGGUUCAGUGAUCAAGCAGUUUGACAUGCUUUAUCACAUGUUCGCGGAUGACACCCAACUUCGGCAAUCUGUGAUCCCCUCUCAGUUCCCUCAGGUUCUUAGUAUGACACAGAAGACAGUGGAGUUAGUUAAGCACUGGAUGACUAUAAACAAGCUUAAACUGAAUGAUGAGAAGACCGAGCUGAUCCCCAUUGCUACCGCUCAAAAGCUAAAAUAUAUAAAUAACACAUAAACCCUUACUCUCUCAGGUAUACAGAUUGCAUUUGCUGAAACAGUGCGAAACCUGGGUGUCUAUUUAGACAUAACAUUGGAAAAUCACAUUAACAUGCUUUGCAAGGCGAUUUUUCUAGAGCUGUGCAGAAUUAGUCAUAUCAGACCUUUCUUAACGUUAGAUGCAUCAAAGAAGCUGAUGUCUGCAAUAGUGCUAUCACGCAUGGACUACUGCAAUGCUCUUAUGGUGGGUCUUCCAGCUACGCUCCUAGAUAAAAUUAAAAAAGCACAGAAUAAUGCGGCUCGAAUUGUUCUUCGCAAACUCAAAUUUGACCAUGCUGAAACACUUCUGAGAGAGUUGCAUUGGCUGCUGGUCCCAGCUCGCAUAGAGUACAAAAUUGCAACUCUGUGCUACCGCUGCUUGCAUGACCUGUCACCGUCCUAUCUCAAAGAGCUUCUGACGCCUUAUGUACACACUAGACCACUCAACUCAUCUGAUAGUGGCAAACUCUCGAUACCACAUGUUCGCCUUGAGACUUACGAGGGGCGUACUUUCGCAUUUUCUGGCCCAACAAUUUGGAACACCCUUCCUGUCGCUCUCAGAAACUACACUGGAGUCUUUCAAAACUGAUUUGAAGACAUAUCAAUUUCACAAACACCUGCUGGGAUGAUGUUGCCUAUCUAGCUAUUAUCUUGUGGAUGUGUAUUGGCCUGUGUUGUUUAUGGUUGUUAGGUAUGAAAGACUUAGAAUGGAUAUUUUCAUAUGAAGUUUUUGUAAUGUUGCAUUUUGUAUUUCAAUGUGGUAUAUUAUAGAUUGUUUCAUUUCUCUUUUAAUAUACUAGACUAUGUACCGUGUUUGGAGCCUUUGGGGAUGAAGCAUGAUUUUUCAAAGAAACUUUAUUAUUAUUAUUAUUAAAUAGGGUAAUAAUAAUAGGUUUUAACAGAAUACACUUUUUUUUCUAUUUGUAUAGAAUUUUGGACAAAGGUUUUACAGAAUAUUUUAAUAUACUUUUAGACAAAAGUAUUAAAAGAAUUGCAACAUAUAAAGCAACUUAGCACUGUUCAUAAAUUUAAAAAAAAAGCUUUUUGAAUUCCCUUAGACCAGCGGUUCUGAACCUUUCUAAUGCCGCGACCCUUUAAUACAGUUCCUCAUGUUGUAGCGACCCCCAACCUCAAAAUUAUUUUCGUUGAUACCGGUACUUCAUAACUUUAGAGCAUGUGUGUUUUCAGAUGGUCUUAGGCGACCCCUGUGAAAGGGUCGUGCGACCCCCAAAGGGGUCGCGACCCACAGAUUGAGAACCGCUGCCUUACACUAUCCAUAUUUAAAGGAAAAUAUCUUUAUGCUGGCCAACCAACAGAUAUAUUUGUGAUUCCUGGUAAAAUAUAUCAAAUAAUGUCUGCUUCCAAAUUAGAUGCACUAUGAUCAGGAAUUUCUAUCAAUACAUUUUUCAAUUACCCUGUGUCUCUUCUUAUUUCCCCCAAACAUCCAACGACCUUCAUAUCUGCUAUUUCUACAACUACGACUUCACCAUGGUUCGCUGUCCCAGCUAUCAUUGUUGGCAUCUUGCAUGCAACAUCCUCCUUGCAAAAGUUAAACUGGCCCAGAAAACCUGCCUUGUUUGCUGUGCAUUCCCUGAAUGUGCAUGACCAUCUUUUGGUGGCUGAACAGUAUGACAAUUCACAUUGUCUCUUUUGGGAUGGCUUGGAAAUCAAACAUAUUACCUGCAGAUUUAUUUUAUGAUUUUUAAAUUUUGUUUUCUUCUUGCUUAUCUCUUGAAUUUGACACCAAUCAUUUUUUUGAAUAGUUUUUUUUUACAACAAUAAGCCAACACUGUUUAACCAUAAUGUUUAACAGAUUAACUGCAAACCAUGAAAGCAUAAACCAACACUGUAAACCAUGACAACAUAAACCUACAUUGUAAACCAUGACCAUAUAAACUAACACAGUAAACUAUGACAACCCCUAAUCUCACCAGAAUCCUAGAUAUGACCUAAGCUUUGGACUUAUUUUCUCUUGAAAAGCAACAACGGUUUGCCAGAUUUGCACCAUCCAUAUAAAACAAUUCCAGCUAUGCCUUGUACUAUGAUAAUAUGCAGUAUAUAUUUUUGUAUGUUUAUUGAACAGAGCAAGCAACAGAUGGCACUCAGGCAACAGAGAAUUGGGCUCUUUAUAUGGAAGUAUGUGAUGUCAUAAAUGAGACAGAUGAAGGGUAGGUUCAUUUGGUAGCACAGACAGCCAAAUAUGCUUAGUGAGGGAAAUAGUAGAACACGGUAUGUGGAAGCUUCACAUACCCUUCCACAUACCAUUUUCCACUAUUUCCUUCACACAGUUUGAACGCAGUCCUUCGUUUAUUAUCCUAUAUUUAAUGAAAUGACAGCCUAAAGUCUUUCAUGAACAGACAGCCUUAUGUCUUUCAUGAACAGACAGCCUUAAGUAUUUUAUGAACAGACAGCCUUAAGUAUUUCAUGAACAGACAGCCUUAUGCAAUUCAUGAACAACCUUAAGUAUUUCAUGAACAGACGGCCUUGUGCAUUUCAUGAACAGACUUAAGUAUUUCAUGCACAGACAGCCUUAUGCAUUUCAUGAACAGCCUUAAGUAUUUCAUGAACAGACAGCCUUAUGUAUUUCAUGUAUUGGAAUAUGUUAUGAAAAGGGAAGAAUUCAUAUUUUCUGCUAAUUUUGUAUUAUUAUACCCAGCAGUCAUGCUGAGAAAAUAUUACUACUGUCGAAAUACUCGGUUCUCUGGUAGAGACCCUCUCCAGUAUUUCUGACAACAUUGUCUACGUUUACUUAUAAUACAGUGUCGUUCUCAUCUCAAAAAGACCAGGCUAAUAAUCACGCAAACGAAAGUUGUUUAAUAUUCAUAGUCUUGGGAGGUAAAAGAUGGUAGCAGCAGUUAAAAUCUAUUUUUAGAAAGGUCAUAGUAAUGGCUACACAUUUAAUCUCUACACCAAAUAAACUCACUAGCAAAUCAAGUAUUAAAAUACACACACUCCUGGAAAAAAUUGUUUUAACAGUAACAACCUUUGACACUAUCAACAGUGAUUUUCAUACCCUUAAAAAUGACCUAUGCCUGACAAUAUUUAGAAACUUAACAUGAGCUUUUCUCAGCAUACACUGUUUUCAGGGAAAAAUAUAUGGUACAAAUUCUCAGUAUACACUAUUUACUAGUUCCAUAUUCAAAAUCCCUUAGUAUUUCUUACACAGUCCAUUAAGUCAUCAACCUUAAGAAGCAAACACUUAGUAUUUCUUACACAGUCCAUUAAGUCAUCAACCUUAAGAAGCAAACACUAAGUAUUUCUUACACAGUCCAUUAAGUCAUCAACCUUAAGAAGCAAACACUAAGUAUUUCUUACACAGUCCAUUAAGUCAUCAACCUUAAGAAGCAAACACUAAGUAUUUCUUACACAGUCCAUUAAGUCAUCAACCUUAAGAAGCAAACACUAAGUAUUUUGAAAUAUGUCUGUGGUCCUGUAAAAUAUUAUCUGGUGCACAUAUCCAAUUUGUUUUUAAAACCCUUUCCAUGCAACUUUUUUUGAAGACAUUGAAUGAAUACUUCCUGCUCAUGAGAGAAAACUUCACGAGCAUAACAGUUAAUUUUAUAGGACACUUUAUGUGUGUGAAAUUUCAUAUAGGAGAAUAUUUUAUUUGAAAACACCAUUGAACUAUAAAUUACAAAAUAUAUUUUUUAUUAAAAUAAAUCUCCAGGCCAAAAGAUGCCAUCCGAGCUUUUCGCAAGCGAAUAUCCCAAAGUGUUGGAAAAAACUACACAUCAGUCAUGUAUUGCCUUACUGUAAGUUGUUGCAUUUAGUACCAUUGUACAAGUGACAUAUUCUGUCUUCAGAACAUAUAGCAAUGUUCUUUUCUUUCUAUUAUAGCCGUUGGAUACAUUAAUAGGGAUCAAGUAUUCAAUUUAUGUUACAUCAUAAGGGAUCAAAUAUUUCAUUUAUGUUACAUUAUUCCCAUGCACCGACCUGUUUACUCUUAUGAUUUUGGUGUACAAUGUUCGAUUUUGAGAUUUUUUUAUGAUUGCACGCCCAGACCCGCCGGAAAUACGAUUUUAAGAGACCGGGUUGAAAAUAUAAAUAUUCCGUAGUUUUUGCAGAUUAAAAAAAAAAAAAUUAAUUAAAAAGCACAUCUUCGCUUGUUAGUUUUAAUUUGCAUUCUACAUCCAGCAGUGAAUGGUAUGAGAAAUAUGAUUGGUUGUGGAUCAUCUAUAAUUAUAUUACGUUUGUCCUGAGAGGGAAAUGGGGUGUUGUUGAUAAAAAAGAUUUCAGAAAGGGGGUGGGGUCUAAAUAUGUAUUUAUCUAAAAUUUAACACCACAUUUUUGUAUGAUAGUGAGUGUUUGUGGCAGAAAGUACAUAAGUGAUUAACAAAUUCGACAAUAUUCAUCCUGAAAGUCCAAAACAGCAUAUUAGGGGAAUGUUUUUUGUAAUUAUUGCCAUGUAUUUUCACAAAUAAACUCGCUAGAUACACUCAGACAGUACUCAGUAGUAGAUGUAUUACAGUAAUAUUUAGUCCAAUGUCUUCAACAUGCUUGUGAUGUAUAUUUUGUUAGACUACGCCAGUGGUUCUAAAAUUUUUGCUUCCCGGCGCCUAUGCCAAAUUUAUGUGUUCCCCAGGCUCCUUAGGUUUAAUUCGAACAAUAGCACUUUGAAAUAGCCCACACAUAAAUAAAAUAAAGGGUUAGGUAAAAAUAAAAUAUAACACUUAUGUAGGUCACUAAGCGCCAAGUAGUAACUGCAAACAGUAGUCACUUAAGUGGGAAACUGUUUGCAUCAUGAACCAAAGAUUAAAAGUGGAAAUAGAAUCAUCAAAAUGUUGUAAUAUUUUGCAACAUCCCUGUGAGGAAGCCGCAACAAGACAUAGAAAAAUGUGCACCCACCGGGGCGGACCAGUAGAAGGAAUAUUUUUAGCCGCCCUUGUCUUUGUGAAAUAAAUGGUAUUUUAUAGUUUAAUUCACUAUUAAGGUCAUUCCUAAAUACAAUUUUGGCGCCCCCUGAUUUUGGCCCCUGUUGCUCUUAGUCCCAUUCUCAUGGCCAUGUCUGUGUUGUAUGAUGUAAUUUUGUGACAAUUAUAUCUUACAGCUGAACCGCGGCUGGCGCAUGCAGAAACAGAGAAAACAAUUAGAUUGCGAAAUAUUUUAUAGGAUCCCAGGGGGCCUUUGAAAUCUAUUUUAGAUCACGCUAAACAGCUGUAAGAUUUUUAAUACCCCCUCUUCCUUUGAACCAUUUACAACUUGUGGUAGUUAUCAGACUGUAAUAUGUUAACGGGAAAUAGGCAUAAUGGAUAUUGAUUCUCAUUUAUUUUAUAAAAAAAUAUAUUUUCCCUAAAAAUUAAAUUUCAAGUUUCUUGGUAAGUUUUUAAAAAAAAUGAAACCCUAAUUUGUUAAUUAAUUCUUAUCUUAAUACAUUUUAUUUUAUGCUGAUCUGCCUUUGAGUUUGAACCAUGUUAAAUUUUACUAGUAACUUUAUUUUUACCAGUGACAGACUGUGACAAUGUGAUACGUGGGUUCACAUAAUUAUUAAUUAAUAUCUAUAGCAAAUACACGUCUGUAAAACUAAGUGACCGGUCGUCUUCUUUUAGAAGUUACCUUUUUUGAUGUCAGCUUAACUCGAUUCCACUAGACACGCGAUGCGAGUAGCUAUUGUAUACAUCAUAAGACAUACUGUAUGUUUAUUUAUUUACUACUAUUAAGGUACUGUAUUGCACGGUUUUCAGGUGAUAUUGUACGAUUUUUGGAGUUUGAGGGUUAACAAGUCUGCAUAUAUGAAAGAUUGAAUUUUAAACAUAGAAAAAUAAAUGUGAUAUACUUCUAUCUUAUUUUUGAGAUAUUUAACUUUUAAAUUAUUUUGUAAAAAAUUAUUAGUAAGCCAAAGCAUCCGGAAUGACAGCAUCCGGAAUGACAGCAUCAGUAUUGAAUUAAUUAACCAGUUCCAUUGUAGUGAAACACUUAAUUUAUUUAAAGUUCAUUUUUAAGGCACGUGUAUUGGAAGAGUUACUUGCUUGUGGAUUUGACUUAUAAUUAUUGAUUAUAUGUGAGAAUUUGUCCUCAAGCUAUUUGAAAUAAUCCAUGCAUUUAUUAUCCUAUCUAGUGCAUUGAAUCUUGUGUCAAAAAUUGUGGGCGUCGGUUCCACGUCCAGGUGGCCAACAAAGAUUUCCUUCAUGAUAUCAUCAAAAUUAUUGGGCCUAAGAAUGAUCCUCCUCAAAUUGUACAGGAAAAAGUUCUUAGCAUGAUACAGGUAAUAACAUUUAACAUGAUACAGGUAAUAACAUUUAACAUGAUACAGGUAAUAACAUUUAAUAUGAUACAGGUAAUAACAUUUAACAUGAUACAGGUAAUAACAUUUAACAUGAUACAGGUAAUAACAUUUAAUAUGAUACAGGUAAUAACAUUUAACAUGAUACAGGUAAAAUCAUUUAACAUGAGCCAGUUAAAAACAUUUAACAUGAUACAGGUAAAAACAUUUAAUAUGACCCAAAUUUAUGUUUACUCCUAAGAUGCUAUCAUGAACUAGCAACCUUAAUGAGAAAUGUCCACUAUUUGCUUGUAAGAAGAUUUAAGCCUGCAUGUAACAGGUUUUGAUGGACAACAUUUUUAGGAUACAUGUUUUUUAAUUGUUGGAGACAUUUUCCACAUAAUUGUUUCCCUUCACAAUUUAAUAAAUGAUCAAAAUUUUAUUUUUACAUCAUGUUCAACUUUUUGUUCCCUAAAUUGAUCCAAAAAAAAUUAUUUAAAGACAUGGGCAGAUGCAUUCCGGGGAAAUGCUGAAUUGAAAGAGGUUGAAAAAGUUUACCAGGAGUUAAAACAGAAAGGAAUAGAGUUCCCAAUGACUGACCUUGAUAACCUUGCUCCAAUCCAUACGCCGGCCAGGGUAAGCAGGGCUGAUAGAUUCUCCUUAAGUUACAAGUAUUUCAACUUUUCUUCCAUCUCACUGUGACUAGGAGAAUGUUGCAGCCUACAGUAUCUAGAGCUCUCUAAUUAGUAUCUAGAGCUCUCUAAUUAGAUCUUUUGGUUAUCUAGUAUCUUAAAUAAGUGUUUAUGAAAUGAUAGUUUGCUAUACUCUGAGUGAGUGAUUUAAUAUCGUGAGUUAGUUUUUAAGGAAUGAUAGUUUGCUAAACUCUGAGUGAGUGAUCUAAUAUCUUAAGUUUGUAUUUAUGAAAUGAUAGUUUGCUAAACUCUGAGUGAGUGAUCUAAUAUCUUAAGUUUGUAUUGAUGAAAUGAUAGUUUGCUAAACUCUGAGUGAGUGAUCUAAUAUCUUAAGUUAGUUUUUAAGGAAUGAUAGUUUGCUAAACUCUGAGUGAGUGAUCUAAUAUCUUAAGUUUGUUUUUAUGAAAUGAUAGUUUGCUAAACUCUGAGUGAGUGAUCUAAUAUCUUAAGUUUGUAUUUAUGAAAUGAUAGUUUGCUAAACUCUGAGUGAGUGAUCUAAUAUCUUAAGUUUGUAUUGAUGAAAUGAUAGUUUGCUAAACUCUGAGUGAGUGAUCUAAUAUCUUAAGUUUGUAUUGAUGAAAUGAUAGUUUGCUAAACUCUUGUCCCUAACAUAGUUUAAAAUGACUUAAAAACUACUCUCUUUGAAUUGACCGUAGAGUGUUCCUGAAAGAGAGCCACAGGCCAUUCAUGAGAGAGGGGGAAGUAGCCGAGGGGUAAGUAAGAACAUUUAUUCAUAACUACCCAAAUCAAGUAUUUCAGAAAGUCUAUGUUUCCUUUUGUUAGCAAUCUGUUCAAAUUGCUGAUACCCUAGUGCUGAUUAACACUGAUUUAUUGGGGUUAUUUCCUUAUAGCAUCUGUUAAAUACUAUUUCAUCAGAUCAUUCUCUAAGGAUUCAUUUUUUUGGGUGUUUGUUUAAAUUUGCUUAAAUUAUCUUUUUUCUUCUUUCAAUAUUGAUUGAUUGAAUACUUAUAAUAGCACUUGUAUCCAUGCAACAUUAGUGUUUCUAUUGUGGUAUCUUGAGGUCAAACUGAUCUCAUUUCUCAUGGAACAAAUAUUUUGUCAGUGUCAUAAAUUUAACAAGAAUUGAGCAAAGAGAAAAUAGUGAGAGUAAAGCUAGUGAGAGUAAAGCUAGUGAGAGUAAAGCUAGUGAGAGUGCAGAUAGUGAGAGUAAAGCUAGUGAGAGUGCAGAUAGUGAGAGUAAAGCUAGUGAGAGUAAAGCUAGUGAGAGUGCAGAUAGUGAGAGUAAAGCUAGUGAGAGUAAAGCUAGUGAGAGUAAAGCUAGUGAGAGUAAAGCUAGUGAGAGUAAAGCUAGUGAGAGUAAAGCUAGUGAGAGUAAAGCUAGUGAGAGUAAAGCUAGUGAGAGUAAAGCUAGUGAGAGUAAAGCUAGUGAGAGUAAAGCUAGUGAGAGUAAAGCUAGUGAGAGUAAAGCUAGUGAGAGUAAAGCUAGUGAGAGUAAAGCUAGUGAGAGUAAAGCUAGUGAGAGUAAAGCUAGUGAGAGUAAAGCUAGUGAGAGUAAAGCUAGUGAGAGUAAAGCUAGUGAGAGUAAAGCUAGUGAGAGUAAAGCUAGUGAGAGUAAAGCUAGUGAGAGUAAAGCUAGUGAGAGUAAAGCUAGUGAGAGUAAAGCUAGUGAGAGUAAAGCUAGUGAGAGUAAAGCUAGUGAGAGUAAAGCUAGUGAGAGUAAAGCUAGUGAGAGUAAAGCUAGUGAGAGUAAAGCUAGUGAGAGUAAAGCUAGUGAGAGUAAAGCUAGUGAGAGUAAAGCUAGUGAGAGUAAAGCUAGUGAGAGUAAAGCUAGUGAGAGUAAAGCUAGUGAGAGUAAAGCUAGUGAGAGUAAAGCUAGUGAGAGUAAAGCUAGUGAGAGUAAAGCUAGUGAGAGUAAAGCUAGUGAGAGUAAAGCUAGUGAGAGUAAAGCUAGUGAGAGUAAAGCUAGUGAGAGUGCAGAUAGUGAGAGUAAAGCUAGUGAGAGUAAAGCUAGUGAGAGUGCAGUUAGUGAGAGUAAAGCUAGUGAGAGUGCAGAUAGUGAGAGUAAAGCUAGUGAGAGUAAAGCUAGUGAGAGUGCAGAUAGUGAGAGUAAAGCUAGUGAGAGUAAAGAUAGUGAGAGUAAAGCUAGUGAGAGUAAAGCUAGUGAGAGUGCAGAUAGUGAGAGUGCAGAUAGUGAGAGUGCAGACAUUGUUUACAUGGGGAGAAAAGGGAAAGUUUAAUUACAAUUGUAUUUUCUUGUCCAGAAAAAGUAUGCGGAGCUGGUCAAUGAAUCUGAUGACGAGGUUUGUCUUGUCAUCUCCUGGCUGUUGUCAUUUCAGUUGAGAUGGGAUUCAAGCUUUAUCAUUAAUUGAAGCUUCUUGUUGAAUAGAAAUGUACUGCAUUAGACGUUUGGGCUGCCCGCAAAGUCGGUGUUCAAUGUUGAUUAUUUUAAGAAACAUUGAAUUUCUCCACUUACACCAAAUUAUCUGCUUCAAAAUGUAAAUCUGUUAGCUUAUUGUUAGAGUUAAGGGUCACUACUCUGUGAUUAAAAAAUUAGGUGUCCAAGUUUUGCUCUACGUUGUUACUUAUCUAUUGAGGGUGUUGAUACUGCACGGAGCUUCAUAUUACUUAGUUGUGUUUACUUGUGAAUCCACUUUGUCUUUGCUUUGCUUACAUGAAUGUGCUCAUUUUCUCAACUAUCUUUUAUUGUUAAUUCAUGGAGAGAUAGCUAUAAUAGCCUAAUUGAGCUGGGCGGGCCCAGCGAGAGCUAUAAUAGCAAAGAUACCAUGUGAAGGGGUCCAAGUGACCAGGGUUGGGGCCAAAUGAGCAGGGUUGGGGCCAAAUGAGCAGGGUUGGGGCAAAGUGACCACAGUUGGGGCAAAGUGAUAGGGUUGGGAGAAAAAUGACCAGGGUUGGGGCCAAGUGACCAUGGUAGGGUCCUACUCAUUUAAAUUUUGUUUUUGCAUGUUGCUUAAUGUUUAUAAAUAUGCAUGAUAGUUUUUUUAUACUUUUUUAAAAAUUGAAUUAAAAAGUUUAUUUUUAAAAAAACCCAGUAAAGAUAAAAUUUAUAUUCCAAUUCUAUCUGAUAACAUACAUUGACUUACAAAGUACUGAGCUGUUUUUAAUAGGUCUAGGGUUCUAAAUAUGCCUUGUUUACACCAAUAAUUGGUUCACACAUUGUGUUACAAGAUUUUCAUUUAAAGGACAAAAAGCACAAUAAAAAAGAAUAAAAUUGUUGUUUUUGAUUCCAUUUUACCUACAAUGUUAAGGUUAAAGAAGCCAUCAUGUAAACUAACCAUUCUGAUCUUAUUAUAGCCAUUGACCAUGACCUUGUGGUUUCAGAGCAAGUUUUGAAACAGUUUUUAAGAAAUCAUUUGUCAGUGGGUCGAAUAUCUGAUAUAAUAUUGGAUGGCUCAAACCAGACCAUGGUGUCAGUAAGACCAUGGUGUAUACAGGUCAAUAAGGCCAUGUAAGACAAUGGUGUAUUCAGGUCAAUAAGACAAUGGUGUAUACAGGUCAUAAGACAAUGAUGUAUUCAGGUCAAUAAGACAAUGGUGUAUUCAGGUCAAUAAGAGUAUUAUUUAAAAAAGCAUAUUUUUUUAAGACUAAAGAAAGUGUUUUCUUUUCCUAGCCUGCAGGUCCAACUCAAGGUUUUGCUCCUGUGACUGGCUAUCCACCAGUAGCUGGAUAUCCUCCAGCUACCGGGUACCCUCCGGCAACUGGUUACCCUCCAGCUACCGGUUACCCUCCAGCUACCGGUUACCCUCCAGCUACCGGUUACCCUCCAGCUACCAGUUACCCUCCCGUCGCAGGGUACCCACCUGCAGCUUAUCCUCCGGCGGGGUUUCCUCCCACAAGUGCCGGAAGUGGUAGUGGAAAUGGCGGUGGCCCUCUAAGUACAGAUCAAGCCACCAAGCUUAGACGAGAGCUGGAUGUGGUCCACGGUAACAUCCGUGUUAUGAGUGAGAUGUUGACAGAACUGAUCCCAACCGGUGUAGACCCUUCAGACCUAGAGCUUCUUCAAGAGCUCAACAGGACCUGCCGUCAGAUGCAGUCUCGGAUUGUGGAACUUUUAAAUGAAAUGGCUACUGAAGAAGUCACAAGUAAUGUACUUAAAAUUGUACUGCUAUAUAGUUAGUAGCUACAGUAGAAGUUUGAAUGUUUACUUCUGAGUGUAGUUAGUAGCUACAGUAGAAAUUAGAAUGUUUACUUCUGAGUGUAGUUAGUAGCUACAGUAGAAAUUAGAAUGUUUACUUCUGAGUGUAGUUAGUAGUUACAGUAGAAAUUUGAAUGUUUACUUCUGAGUGUAGUUAGUAGCUACAGUAGAAGUUUGAAUCUUUACUUCUGAUCUGGAUUGAUAAAGGUUAGAUUUUUGUGUAAAAAAAAAAUCAAAACAAUCUGAUUAAUUUGAUUUAAAUAGGAUUUUUAAAUUGAUUUUUGUUCUUCCUUUUUUAUUUUUUUAGAUUUUGAAGAUCUUUUUAAUACUAUUUAAAUCAAUUUUUUAGAUUUGAAUUGCAUAUUAAAAAUUUUAAUCAGAUUUUUUAUUUUUAAAUCUGAUUUUUUUCUUUUCUGGAAUUUAAUUCAUAUUUUUUUCUCUCUCUUUAAAAAAAAAAAAGAAUGGCUUUAGAUUUUAAAGUAUGGUAAUUUUUAUAAAGAUUAAAAAUAAUGGAGUUGAUGGUAUUUGACUCAUUCUCUCCAGAUCAGACAAAAAAUUAAUUUGAAAUCGACAAAGGCAUCUUUAUCAUAAAAACCAAUUUGUUUCUUUUCUUAGCUGUUCGUUUUAAAUUACUUUUAAUCAAACUAGAAUGAUUUCUCUUUGAUAAACGUCCAAAUUUUCUUUCUUUCAAUGAGUUUUUACAGAGAAUGAAGUGUUUAAAGCAGUUGUUUCGAUAACUUAUUUUAUUUUUGUUUGCAAAAUUAAAUGUCAACCUGGCGCAUCUGGCGAUCGAUCUAAUAAAUAAAGGUAGAAAAUAUUACACUGCUGAACAUUUAAAAGAUAUUGUUUUUUAUGAUUAUUCAGAUAGUUAUUUUAUGAUUUUGGAUGCAGAGACUGAUUCUGAUGAAACAUAUAAUCCUAGUGCCUAGUAGUAGUAGUACUUGCCAAACUGCAUAGGUUUGUACUGGAUGUUAGUCAAAUCCGCACAUCCAUUUGGAUGGUUUUCAGGCUCACCAUAGGUAAAACAAGAUGAAAAGAUUUUCCAUUGACCAUAAUAAAGGUAAAUUCAUACCAGGAUACAGUGCAACUAUUUUCUUGUAGCACCAAAUUGUUUCCAGUGGAAAUAGUUUUUUUCUGACAUUUUUUGUGUGGCUGUGACAAUGGAUUAUGUGCUUUCGUGUUUAGUUUUUUUUUUAAAAAUAAUUAUUCUUAAUGACUUAUCUAUAGAUAUAGCUCAGAAAUAUUUUUUUGAUACACUGUGAAUUAUAAAUUUCUUUUUGUGUGACUUGGAAUGCGCAUUUAGCUAACAUUUUUUAAAAAAAUGUAACAUUUUUAUUUUCCAUAAACCAAAAUCACAUUUAUAUAUUAAAAUUUAAACCUAAUCUGUAUUGUCUGUAACGAGCAUGCAUUCCCCUUUAAUUCCAUACCAAACUUAACAUUUUCUAAUGAAUAACAAAAAAAUUAUGAUGGUUUAGAGAUAACAUGGUAGUGCUUAACAAAUAUACAAAAUGGAUCACUCUGUCAGAAUGAUGAAAAUAUUUCCAGAGACAAAGGGUUACAUCAAUUUUUUAAAUAUAAAUUGAAUUUUAAAAAUGUGAAUAUUUUUUUAAAAGGAUUUUAAAAAGAUUUGGAAGUAUUUUUGAUUUUUAUAAUGAUAAAACACAAUGUCUUUAAUAUUAUUUAAAUCAGUUUUUUUAAUAUUUUCAAAUUUUAUUUUAACUUACUGAUUUAAAUUUAAGUAAACUAAUAGAAAAAUUAAUAACUUCUAAUUGAAAUCAUUUUGAAAAGAUUUUCAUAGUUUUUCCCAGACUGAAAUUUCUCAUUAUGUUUAAUUAAAAAUAAUUAUGGAAUGUGUAAUAAUGAAGUAAAAAAGAGGGUUUUAAAACUUAUCUUCAACUAUAGGUAUAGUAUAGUCUCAGUAAUAUAACUCUCUAUUUAAUCUAUAUGAAUAAGAAUUUCAAUUCACUUUCACACUUUCAAUUUAUCGAUAUCAGUGUCCUAUUAUUGUAAUUUGUCGAUGUCAUUAGAUUCUACCAAAGCCUUCGGAUCAAAUAAUUUGAAAAGAAAAACUAGUUCUUAGCUUUCUCAACCCAAAUUGAUUUCUGAAUUCUAACCAACAUUUUAAAAAAAAUAUAAUUAAAUUGAAACUUAUGUUUAUAAAAUUGUGCAAUCUUAAUUAUAAAUGAAGAGCUAAUAGAUUGUGUAACUAAUAAUACAUAUACACAAACAGAAGUUCUUUUUAGAAAGUGCCUAUAAAAUCAAUUAAGUAGAUAAAUAAAGGUCAAUUGAUAGCAAUUUUAAAAAUUAAAAUCAUUAUUUUUAUUCGUCAUUUAAAUUGAUUUGAAUCAAUGCUUGAAAUAGGUUGAUUUGAAUCAAUGAUUGAAAUAGGUUGAUUUAAUUCAUUGAUUGAAAUAGCUUGAUUUAAAUCAAUGAUUGAAAUAGCUUGAUUUAAAUCAAUGAUUGAAAUAGGUUGAUUAAAAUCCUCGCAAGCCUGCUUCUGAGUAUAGUUAUCUGAAGAAGUUUCAAUAUGUAUGUUUGACUGUUGUUAAUUGUACUAUAGAAGUUUUAAUGUAUGCACCAAUUUCUGAGCGUCACUACAGAAGUUUAAUGUAUGCACCAAUUUCUGAGCGUCACUACAGAAGUUUAAUGUAUGCACCAAUUUCUGAGCGUCACUACAGCCAUGUUGUAAACGCUGAUGUCAUUUCUCUUUUAUUUUCAGAUGAUCUCUUGCGAGUUAAUGAUGACCUAAAUAAUGUUUUCCUACGCUAUGAACGCUUUGAGCGUUACCGCACAGGUCAGUCGGGCCAGGCUGUUACCCCAUCUUCGGAGGUCACAUCCCAAGACACUCUCUUACCCCCAGCUUAUGACCAGGUGGGCUCAUUGAUCACUUAUCUGUCAAUUUAGAGAGAUUAGAAAUUUUCCAGUUUUAAAAGGGGAAUGUAAUACAUAAUUUAUUAGCCAUGGGAAACAGUUUUGUAACAUAAUGCUAAAUAUACGCCACAAAAUUGAAAGGCACCUGUUGAAUUCUGGUCUUAAUUAUAAGUGUUAAAAAAGUGUUAAAUUUCACUUACUUACUUAAACUUUUUUGUUAACUCUUUCUCUGUACGCUCAUCCUCUGUUCUAAAAAGCAUGGGCCCCAAGCUGUGUGUUGUUUCAAUAUCAUGUUGGUUUCUUUGCUAUUUUCGGUUAAACUUUUUAAGGGCUAUUUUUUAAUAAGACUUACCAGGUGCUGUCAAUCCUAAGUAUCCUAAUUCUAUACCUUUCCUCCAAAUGGCUACCAAGUGUUGCCAGUCCCAAGUAUCCUAAUUCUAUACCUAUCCUCCCAAUAGCUACCAGGUGCUGCCAAUCCAAAUGUUGGAAACCUUAUAGACCUCAGUGAGGACACAACCCCUCCACCAACUCAAGUCACUACACAAAUGGCCGGCUUAAGUAAGUGAAAUAACCACAUGUAAUGGUCAAGGAUGUUUAAGUGGGAACAUUUGCUUAUAAAGUAAUAGCUGUAUGCAAAAGUUUCUAAGUAUCGAUGUGAUAUAAACGGCAUAUAUAGGAGGCCAUAUAACUGAGUUUGUAAGACUGGUGCUUUCGCAAGUAUUCACAAAAUCUCAUUAUGUGGUGUACUUGUUUUCCAGCAUAGUGGGCUGAAACAUGGUUAGAAAUAACUGACCACUGUCCAGCAUAGGGGGCUGAAACAUGGUCAGAAAUAACUGACCAGUGUCCAGCAUAGGGGGCUAAAUCAUGGUCAGAAAUAACUGACCAGUGUCCAGCAUAGGGGGCUAAAUCAUGGUCAGAAAUAACUGACCAGUGUCCAGCAUAGGGGGCUAAAUCAUGGUCAGAAAUAACUGACCAGUGUCCAGAAUAGGGUGCUAAAACAUGGUCAGAAAUAAUUUACAAUUGUCCAGCAUAGAGGGGUAAAACAUGGUCAGAAAUAAUUUACAAUUGUCCAGCAUAGGGGGCUAAAACAUGGUCAGAAAUAACUGACCAGUGUCCAGCAUAGGGGGCUAAAUCAUGGUCAGAAAUAACUGACCAGUGUCCAGCAUAGGGUGCUAAAACAUGGUCAGAAAUAAUUUACAAUUGUCCAGCAUAGGGGGCUAAAACAUGGUCAGAAAUAACUGACCAGUGUCCAGCAUAGGGGGCUAAAUCAUGGUCAGAAAUAACUGACCAGUGUCCAGAAUAGGGUGCUAAAACAUGGUCAGAAAUAAUUUACAAUUGUCCAGCAUAGAGGGGUAAAACAUGGUCAGAAAUAAUUUACAAUUGUCCAGCAUAGGGGGCUAAAACAUGGUCAGAAAUAACUGACCAGUGUCCAUCAUAGGGGGCUAAAUCAUGGUCAGAAAUAACUGACCAGUGUCCAGCAUAGGGGGCUAAAUCAUGGUCAGAAAUAACUGACCAGUGUCCAGCAUAGGGGGCUAAAUCAUGGUCAGAAAUAACUGACCAGUGUGCAUUGAGGUGAACAUUUAGAAAGAUUCAGGAUUAUUUUUGACACUUAGUUUAACAAUGAGCCAUGUUUUUUCUCACCGCAUGCAGGUUUAGGAGCUAAUACAGGUAGCAACUCCACACCCCACCAUCAGCCGCCACCAGCAUCAGAUGACUUUGAUAUGUUUGCUCAGUCCAGACAAUCCUUUGACCAAAGCAAACAAGCUUUACCGUAAGUCAUUUCAUAACUGUUUAUAAAAAGAAGUGAUUCUUUAAUUCUCAAUGACUUGAUCAUUUGAAGUGUGUCUGACUGUUUAACUAUAGGAAUGUGCAGGUGAGAAAACUGAAUCUCAUUGUCUUGGUUUGGUUUCAUGAUGUCUCAGUCAGGCUGUCUCAGUCGGGCUGUCUCCGUCAGGCUGUCUCAGUAAGGUGAUGUCAGUCAGACUCUCAAUCAGAUUGUCUUUUGAAUGUAUCCUGAUAUUUGAAAACAUUAAAAAAAUUAUAUUUUAAUCUUCAGUGCAACACUUUAUGAUACCCAACAGACAGAUACAUACACAGGCAGUCUGAGUCAGGCUGUCAAGCAAAGGACAACGGUGAGUUGUGUGAUGGGAGGGUGGGGCUGUCUCAGUCAGACUGUCAAAAAAAGACAACUGUGAGUUGUGUGAUGGGAGGGUGGGGCUGUCUCAGUCAGACUGUCAAACAAAAGACAACAGUGAGUUGUGUGAUGGGAGAGUGGGGCUGUCUUAAUCAGGCUGUCAGACAAGGGACAACUGUAUGUAAUGGGAAGAUGGGGCUGUCUUAAUCAAAAUAUUUUAAAAUGACAACUAUUAGUCCAGUGAGUUUGAUGUGAGAAUUUAAUUUUUAGCAAAGCAUAUUAUUACAUUUUGAACUGAUGACAAAUAAUAUCAAUUUUAAUAUUUAUUAAAUGCUUAGUGAAAAAAAAAUGAUUUCUCCUGUCCAAGACAAUUCUGUUCUAAUGGCUCACAUACCUUUGUUUUAGCAAGAUACACUGAAUGUAAGUCGGUUAUUUUUGUCAUUGUUUGCAUCCUGUAAUCCUCUUUGCUGUGUUCCUUAUCUUAGGAUCCUAUUCUCUAAGCAUCAUUUCAGGCUUCUGGCUCUACCAUAUUGCAAUUAUAUAGAAGUAGAGAAAUUAUAGAGAGCAUUUUUAGUUUCAAAACCCAAAUCGGGAGAUUUGGAAAUAGAGGCGGCAUAUUUUAGCACAGCUUGGAUAACAAUAAUGUGGGCACUUGUAGAUGAACAUAAUGAUGCAUUUUGUACCAAGUCAUCACUAUGGACAAAUGAUAAUAUUGAAAUAAGCCAAAAUUUUAACAAAUCUUGUGAUAUGUAUGUAAAAAUAUUAUUUUCCCCAUUAAGAAUGAGGGGUGUAACUAAAGAAUGAGCGGUGUAACUAUUUCAACUGCAAUAUUAGCUUUUUAAAAUGAUAGCUGCAGGGUGAGAUAACCCGGUAAGUUGCUAAAAUAAACUGUCUGCUACUGUCACACAGAUGUCGGAUGAAGAAACCCUUAAGGUACGGUCCUCCAUCUUUAAUGUUGUGGUAUUUCCUUAGUGAUCAGGCACAGAUUAACACACACACUCAGCUCUUAUUGACUGGAUUAGCCAAUCAGGAGCAAGUUUCAUUUCCUCUCCUGGUGUCUGGCCAUAGAAAUCAAGGCUUCUUUUACUACAUUACAACCUAAUUUUUUCUAAGCAUUUACUUUAAAAUAGGUUUAUUGAAAAAUUAUCAUUUUGGUGCCAUAUUUUUCAUCUGUAUCAGUGGUUUUCAAAGUGAACUGCACUGUCACCAAUACUAUUACAAAGUUUAAUAUCCAAAAACCCUUGCUAAGUACCAUCCUGCUUUGAUUAGCUUCUGUGUUGCUGAUUAAUGAGCUGUCUUCCUUAGAGGGUAGCGCCAAAUAAUAUUUUGAAUAAUGCUUAUUUGGUAAGAUGGGGAAGCUAUAGGUUUAUAGCACCAUGUGAGAGGUGGCCAGAAAUAGUUUGAGAACCACUGAUCAGUAUGAGUUUUUUUUUGGUUAUGGUGAUGUAGAUUAACAAGGAUAGAUUUUGCAUUGUGAUGUAGAUCAAUAAUUCAAUAAAGAUUUUGUAUGGUGAUGUAGAUCAAUAAUGAUAGAUUUUGUAGGGUGAUGGAGAUCAAUAAGGAUAGAUUUUGUAGGUGAUGUAGAUCAAUAAUGAUAGAUUUUGUAGGGUGAUGGAUAUCAAUAAGGAUAGAUUUUGUAUGGUGAUGUAGGUCAAUGAGGAUAGAUUUUGUAGGGUGAUGUAGAUUAAUAAUGAUAGGUUUUUUAAGAUGAUUUAGAUCAAUAAGGAUAGAUUUUGCAUUGUGAUGUAUAUCAAUAAUUAAAUAUAGAUUUGUAUGGUAAUGUAGAUCAAUAAUGGUAGAUUUUGUAUGAUGAUGUAGAUCAAUAAUGGUAGAUUUUGUAAGGUGAUGUAGAUCAAUAAGGAUAGAUUUUGUAUGGUGAUGUAGAUCAAUAAUGAUAGAUUUUGUAAGGUGAUGUAGAUCAAUAAGGAUAGAUUUUGUAAGGUGAUGUAGAUCAAUAAGGAUAGAUUUUGUAAGGUGAUGUAGAUCAAUAAUGAUAGAUUUUGGAUGGUGAUGUAGAUCAAUAAGGAUAGAUUUUGUAAGGUGAUGUAGAUCAAUAAUGAUAGAUUUUGUAGGGUGAUGUUGAUCAAUAAUGAUAGAUUUUGUAGGGUGAUGUAGAUCAAUAAAAUAUAUUUAGAAAAAAAAAAAUUCUUCUGUUUUGGGUUUAAAUUGAAUUCAGUUGUCAUUUAACACAUCCUAGUAGGCCUUUCAUGUAGAGACCGACCGAAUUUCGGCUUUAGCUUUUCGGUUUCAGCACCGAAAGUGACCAUUUUAUCACCUUCGGCCAAGUUUCAGUUUCGGCCGAAACUGAAGAGUUAACUUUCUGCUUAAUUUCGGUUUCGGCCGAAAGAGAAAAGUUAACUUUCGGUUUUUCUUCGGUUUCGUCCGAAAGUGACACAGGUUUUCAGUCAUUUAAUACUCAACGAAAUCGAUAUUUAACAACAAACUAAGCGACAUUUAAGAGCAAAUUAAACGAUCUUUGAGAGCAAAUUAAGCGAUAUUUAACAACAAACUAAGCGAUCUUAAAGAACAAUCUAAACGAUUUUUAAGACCGAACUAAAUGAUCUUUAAGAACAAAACAAAUGAUCUUAAAUAGUAAACUAAAGGAUUUAUAAGAAUAAACUAAGCAAUCUUUAACAGAAAACUAAAUGUUCUUUAGGAACAAAUUAAAAGAUCUUUAAGAACAAACUAAUCGAUCUUAAGGAACAAAAUCAAUUAUCUUUAAGAACAAACUAAGCGAUCUUUAUGAAAAAACUUAGCGAUCUUUACAACAAACUAGUUGAUCUUUAACAACAAAUUAAACGAUCUUUAACAACAAAUUAAACAAUCUUUAACAACUAAAUAAGCGAUCUUUAUGAAAAAAUAAGCGAUCUUUACAACAAACUAGGCGAUCUUUAAAACAAACUAAGCGAUCUUUAACAGCAAACUAAGCGAUCUUUGAGAACAAAUUAAGCGAUCUUUAAGAUUAAAUUAAGCGAUAUUUUAGAACAAUCUAAGCGAUCUUUAUGAACAAACUCACCGAUCUUUAAGAACAAACUAACCGAUCAAUAACAACCAACUAACGAUCUUUAAAAACAAAUUAAGCGAUCUUUUUGAACCACAUUUUUUAGAGACCUGGUUUUUUAAAAAAAAUAAUAUUUUGCAUUAAUUUUCGAUGCAUGCAGAAUGUAUGCGGGAACGAAUUUCAAAAUAUCUUAAUGUUUCGGUUUCGGCUGAAAUUCAUUCUUAACUUUCGGCCUUUUUUCAGUUUUGGCCGAAAGUCAUUUUUAAACUUUCAGCCUUUUUUCGGUUUCGGCCGAAAUUCAUGUUAAACUUUCGACCUAUUUUCGGCUUCUGCCGAAAUCAGAAAAUCACUUUCGGUCGGUCUCUACUUUCAUGAUCAUCACAUUACCCAUCCUAGCAUAUCUGUCAUGUUCAUCCCAUUACCCAUCCUAGUUUACUUGUGUCAUUGUAAUGUCUGUACUUCCAUCCAUUUUUUUUACAACUUAUAGUUUCAAAUAUUCUAUGUGCCUUCCAUAAACAUUCAUUGUACUUUCAAAUAUUUACUUCCCCUAAUUGCUUUAGACUAGAAUUGGCUUACACUAUUUUAUGCUCAUAUUAUUACAGAAAACUAUAGACAAUUUUUCUUUAUGAUUACGUUUCCUCCCACUUUUUCACCUAUUUAGUCAACAGUUGUGAGCAGAAUUCAUUUAUAUUCCAGCUUAUUUAUAAGCUAUGAAAUAAUACUAGCUGCUUUAUUUUGUGUUGUGUGUCAAUCAUAGCACUAAUGUCACACUAAUGACCUGGAAACAUAUUUUAAUAUUGUAACUUUACAAGUGCUUUUAGAACUAAUCAUUUCAGUGUUCUGAUCUAGCUGCUUACAAUUAUAGGACAUUACCAUGGAACAUGGUUUGUUUCUCUCAGCUUUAAGUUCUAAUGUCACUUCACAAUGUCACUCCAGUCAUGUGAUGACACGUUUAACCAUCUGAUCACAGGCUUUAUUUUUUGCACUUUUGAAAAUCUAAAAGUUUGAAAAUGUUAUAAGAUUUCAGAUGCUAUUCUUAAAUUUUAGAAAAAAUCAUCUGAAUUUUCUCACGAUCAAUCAGGUUCUAAAGUAUUGAUUGUUUUUGCAAGUUAGACCUAUUGACCUAAUCUCCAGGGUAAUACUUUGAUGGCUACUUAAACAAACACGACGCUUGCUUUAAAGUUCAUCUCAUAGUUGAUCUCAUAAGAGGUGUAUUCAUUUCUCCUCUUUUGGUCAUUUUUCCUUUCUUCUUUUAGUUACAAGACAAAGAGACAGACUAUGAUGAAAUGGAACAAUGGUUAGCCACACAUGGAGCAGGGGUAAGCUCACACAAUGGUUAGCUACACAGGGACAGGGGUAAGCUCACACAAUGGUUAACCACACAUGGAGCAGGGGUAAGCUCACACAAUGGUUAGCCUCACAUGGAGCAGGGGUAAGCUCACAGUUUGAGCUAUACAAUUUUCUUACAGCACCAUUAUACUCGUUAAAUUACUCAACACAUCAUCAGCCUCAUCUCAGAAAGAUAAAUUUGAUCACAAUCAUCUCUACAAUUAUCUGCUGGCCCAAGGAUACAACCCCCAUGGUCAAGGCCAGGGGUCACCAAACUUUUUUCUUGGCGGGCCGGAUAAUGGAAAAGUGAAGAGCGCAGGCCGGAUAAUCAUUGUGUACACUACUGCAAGCCAGAACGAAAGCUCUGGGGAAAAAAGACAAAAAUUUAAGUUUAGUGUUCCAUGUUAAUCAUGGGCGAGUGGCGUGCAAAGCAAAAAAGCAAAAACAACCAACAUAUUUAUUUACUAAAAAAAUUAGCAAAGAAGGCGACGUUAGGAGAAAGAUUGCUACAUCAGACUUAGUGCGUACAUAUCUGAAUCUCAUAAACUAAGACUAAACAACAAAAAAGGUUAUUGAUAUUAAUUUGAGAAACUGACAUUUGGCUUUCAAAACAUCAUCGUUUGGUUUGAAAUUGCUGCAUCCAAUCAAAAGAAUUGUUUUCAAAUGUUCAUCAAUCUCUCUCGUUCGAUGUGAUGACUUCACAUUCUUAUUUUUAAAAAUGUUUGCUCACUGACAAAAGUUGUUCCAUGAAUUCUGCAAACAAAUGCCAACUCUUCCGUUAUCUGAUAGUCCAAAUUGACACCACAAAUAAACAAGAGAAGUUGUGAGGGAUCAGUAUACUCAUCCAGUGCCAGCAAGUUCCUAGCUUUCUCACGUAUCUGUAGUGCUCUCCAAAUUAUUCUUGGUUUUCUGCACAACGGAGCUGUUAGUUCCAACAGUGGCGACUACGGUGGACAGUCUGCGCCAGUUAUUAGAAAAUAAUAUAUUGGUGGGAAUAGGCUUCAUGGAAAUUGAUUCUUAUUUUAUAAUUUUUUUUAAACCAGCUUUUCCUUAAAACAACAACCUCAAGUUACUUGGUAGGUUUGUUUUAAUGAUGUCAUCAUUUGUUAAUUAAUUCUUAUUUAAAUACAUUUUGUUUUAUGCUCAUCUGAGUUUGAACCACAUUAAAUUUCACCAGUAACUUUAUUUUUACCAGUGUCUGUAGGUCCACUCUAUAUAAAUUAAUAUCAAUAGCAAAUGUGUGUCUGCAAUAUAAAGUGACAGCAGAUUGCAAUAUAAACGUUGGUCAUCUACUUUUAGCAGUUAACUUUUUUGACACCAGUUUAACUCAAUCCGACUGCGAUGCGAGUUGUUAUUUUAUUCAUUUACAUACUGUAUGUUUAUUUUUUUACAUAAUAUGCCAUAUUGUACAAUUUUGAGACAAUAUUGUGCGAUUUUAGGAGUUCAAGGGUGAACAGUUCUACAAUAUACAAGAUAAUUUAGAUACAAUAAUUUAAUAUUGAAAAGUGUAACUUAAGGCACAUAGCAGCCAGGAGGUCUCUGCACGUGUGAAGAUCUCCUAGCAUUCUAAUCAUAAUAUUGAAAUUUAAAUUGUAUCACAAUGUCUCGUGCUCCAUACGUUUUUUCAAGCAAGUUCAAGUACCGUCAGCGGGCCGGAUGAACUGGCUUCGUGGGCCGUAGUUUGGUGACCGCUGGUUAAGGCUAAGGGUUAACAUGGUUAAGGUUUUGGGAGUAACAUGGUUAAUGCUACGAGAGUAACAUGGUUAAGACUAUGGGAGUAACGUAAUUAGGCUAUUGGACUAACAUUAUUUAGGAUAUGGAAAUAAACCUACGACAUAACAAUCUGUAAAAUAAAAAUAAAAUAAAAAUUUAAAUUAAUUCUUUAUUAAUUUUUUGAGUUAGUCUUUUAUGGUUAAUUUUUUAAAAAUAUAAUAAUGUUGAUGAAAUUAAUAAAAUUAAGAAUGAAAAUUCUGAACAGAAAAUCUAAUCCAUGUUUUUUCUCCUUUUUGAUUGAAAUUUAAUUAGUUUCUACAUUUUUGUGCUCUGUGUUGCAGGAAGUGCAAGGGAGACCACAAGAACCAAUAACAAGCUCAGGUUGGUCAACAACUAAAUCUAAUUACAUGACUUUGAGAUAUAAUGUUACAUACCAUCUGAAUGUCUAUUACAUGACUUGAUCAUUUGAGAUAUAAUGUUACAUACCAUCUGAAUGUCUAUUACAUGACUUGAUCAUUUGAGAUAUAAUGUUAAAUACCAUCUGAAUGUCUAACCAUAAAACAAAAUACAAAUGUAAAUGUCUCACCAUCCUAAUACCAUCUGAAUGUCUAACCAUAAAACAAAAUACAAAUGUAAAUGUCUCACCAUCCUAUAAAAUACAAUAGCAAUUUAAUUCAUUCAGAAAGAGCUGAAAAUGAACAGUGCACUAGUAAAUAAUAUGGUCAAAGAAUGUUUUUCAAAAAGACAGGAAUGUCUUGACAUUCUUCCAUAAAUAGAAGGAGAAGGGGAGCAAAGCAUUAAAUGAUGUCAUGGAAUGAGUUGAAAUAUACAACCUCCUUUUUUUUUUGGUGUAAACUGAAUCCCAUUGAAAUGAUUUGUUUCAAAAUUUUUGUUCUAAAGAUGACGGCUGUUUAAGUAGAGGUAUCUUUUAUUCUCACAUUGAUGGGCUUUUAAUUUCUUAACUUUAUUUGUUUUUUUUUACAUUCCUUGUUUUACUUUGACCUGCACUACUGCAAAGAUGGUGCAGUAAUGUGAGUAGAUCUUCUUUCUCUCCAUAUGACUUGCAUUAUAUUGAUGGCUGUAUUACUUUAUACCUCUAUACAAAUUGGAUAACUUGUUUUGAAUAUAUUUAUGUAUGGAUUUUUUAAAUGGUGGAGCUUUAUACUAGCGAAUUAUUAUUGUCUUGUCUACAAGAUAGCUUGCCUGGGGUUUUGUUUUUGGCGGUAUCAGACCUGUUUACCCUCAAACUCUUAAAAUUGUACAAUAUCAUCACAAAAUCAUUCAAUACAUUAUCUUAAUAGUAAAAAAUAAACAUACAGUAUAUAUAAUGUAUACAUCUCAAAAUCGUACAUUGUACACCAAAAUCGUGAGAGUAAAUAGGUCUGCGGUGUAUCCCUUGUUUUGAUUUCAUGGCAAUGUCACUUUAUACUUUUAUUUUAUGGCAAUGAAACUUUUAUUCCUUCAUUUUCUUUCUCGUGUGUGUGCCAGUUUAUCAAAUGUUCCAAAAUAUUGGGGAUCAUAACACCAACAACUAUAAUAUCUUGACUUAAUCUGCUAUCUAUGUGCAUAAUCUUUGAAAUAUCUUCAAUGACCACACACCCACUUAUUGUACUACUGAUGACAUUUGAUUGGUUUUUACUGGUAAUCACUCUUUCAAAGGUCACUAGUACGGGUCAUUAAUUAUUUUUAUUCUACUAUGAUUUAACAUAUUUUUUCUUCCACUACUAAUAAACUGGACACAGUCAAAUAUUUUUUUCUUCGCUGCACCAGUUUUGAGUUGAACCCCUGGUUUUACAUUUAUUGACUCCAGAUUAUGAAAAACAAGUCAAUAUAUUUAGGUAUUUCCAGAGUUGGUUAGUUUGUAUGUCAGUUUGGUGUGGCAGUCACAGAGUUGUUUGUCUGUCAAUGGUCAGUUUGGUAUGGCAGUCACAGGUUUGUCAUUCAUUCUGUGCUAUCAUGUAAACCUUCUGUCAGAAUUAGGAAUGAGCCUUGAGAUCACUUGUCUCAUGUGUAGCAGACAUGGAGACUCUUUGAUUUCAGUCUUUGUCAUUGUUAACAGUCAUGACAAAAUUUAUUCCAUAUUUUCCUCUUAAUAAAUAAUACUUUUUAUCUCAUGUCUUUCCCCCCCCCCUCCCCCCCAUUUUUGUUGUUAUUAUUAUUAACACAGACUAAUCCUUUAAACACAAAUGCAUUAUAUACCUUUAGUGAAAGUAUUUUUAAAAGUUUAAGAUGAUUUCUUGAGAUUAAUUUAUGUGUUAAAUUUUGUACUAAUGUUUGAUUUCCUAAACUCUUAAUUUUCAGAGUUUGACAGGUUUUUAUCCGAGCGGGCUACGUCAUCGGAGAAUGUUCCAAGUAUUUCAGCCCAGGCGGGCCAGCAGCCACCCCGAACCACCAGAACACUUCAGAAAAAAGAUGAAGAUGAGAAUCCUCUGUUCGCAUUGUGAACUUUGAACUUUAGUGCUUUCCCCCAUGACCUUAUCAUUUCUUUUCAAUGUACAAAAAGUAUUUUUGUGUUAUAUGUAUAAAUGGUUAUUACAUUGUUGUGUCGUAUAGUUCCACCCAAGAUGUCCUAUAUGACGCAAAGUGUUAAUUGUUAGUCUAUUUUUUAAGUGAGAAUAUUCUUGGCAAUCUACACUAGAGCAUUUAUGUCUGGUCUUACUUAGUCUUAGCAUGGUCGAUCCAUGACAGAUGAACUAUCAAUCAGUCUAAGUAUGGUCGACCCAUGGCAGACGAACUAUCAGUCUUAGAUUUUAUUUUCAAUUAUGCAAAGUGGGGUAUUUAUGCUUGAUCUUAAGUUGCAUUGAUUUUUAUCCUCAGAAAUUGUUUGUGGGAGUACAUUUGUGAUGAAGUCUAGAACCCGAUACUCAGAAAUAAAAAGCUAAGAAAUGCUCUUGCUGUGCAUGAUUGGUCUGGGCAAUUAAAGAGAAAUUUUUCAUUUAAAAUAGUAGAGGAGACGUUGAAAUUUAAAAAAUGCAAAGCGUAAGUUGAAAUCUUUUAUUUGAAUUGAAUAAUUCCAAUGAACAUUUUCAAAUCUCACUGAUAGACUACAGCAAAUGGUUGCAAGGUUUAUCAAUUCACAAGACUACACAACAAACGAGACUGCAAUAAAAUAAGGAUAUCGAUAAAGUUAAAUAGGAAUGUUUGUUACUUAAAAUUAUCCUGAAUGUAAUAGCUAUUAACUUACAGAAAUAAUGUUUCCUUUUCCAGUGUCAGAAUUAUGACCUCCCUUUCCAUGAUUACAUGUCUAACCUCCCUUUUCAAUGUUACAGAAAUAACCAUGUAAUAAUUAUUUGCAAAAUACAUGCAAAAAAAUGUGCCCCUAUUUUUCAGGGGGGCAGUGCCACAAAAUUCACCAAUAAAUUUAGAUGUGCGGGAAACAUGAAUGCUAGCCAACUGGCCUGGCUGGGUUUUACAUUUAUUGUGUUUUGACUUUUCCCUUGUUUAAAAAAAAUUACAAAACCAAAAACAGAAGCUUCUUUCAAAUACUUCUGUUGACGCUGCUUUCCCUUGUGUUCUACUAUUGUUGUCAUUUAUUGUGGGACACCUGACAAUAGUAUGAUGAAUUGGCUGCUACAAUGGUAUGUGUCAAUGACGGGGAAGACUGACAAGAUUUUUACUAUACUGGGUAUCUCUGAAGAUAUUCACCUAAUGCUAAUCUAGCUUAGAGUUCCAUUGCUUGCUACUAAAUCAUGGAUGUUUAUUUUUUUUUUAGUUUAAAUCUAGGCCAGAAACUCUGAUGCAUUUCAAAUGUAUAAAUAUUCACUACGGAGCUGUAUUUGGCUCAUGUACGGAAGUUUAGCUAAAUUUUGCUGGGUGAUCAUAUAAUAAUAUAAAAUUAAAAGUUUCAGUUUAGAGGCUGCUUUUAAAUAUUGACAGUCCCCAACAUGGUUGAAUAAUUAGAUUACUUGUUAUAAUAAUUGUAAAUAUGAUUGAACUAACAGGUUCCCCCAAUAUGAUUGAGCUAACAGGUUCCCCCAAUAUGAUUGAGCUAACAGGUUCCCCCAAUGUGAUUGAGCUAACAGGUUCCCCCAAUGUGAUUGUGCUAUCAGGUUUUUUUUUACUGUAUGUGCCACUCAUUAAAUAAUUUGUUUUAAUGAGGGGGUCCCCUAGACAUCUUUGAAUGACAAGAUGAGUAGCUUUAUUUAAGUUAAAUUUUAACUGAUAAACCGACACUGGCACUACUUGAAGCAGUGCUGUUGAUCUUUAAUCUGUAAAUGAAUUUUUAAUAAAGGCGUGGUGCCUUAGCCUUGGACUUCACCAAACGGUACCGAAUCUUAAAUGUUCAAGUUUAGACUUGUCAUUGUAGGUGGUCUCAGAAUGUUGUUACUCAAGCAGAUCAUGAUAUUGGUCAUGCAUGUUAGUCAAUCUAAAAUUCUUAGCAUUUCACACGAAUUGAAGUUAAAUGAAUACCUGUGCAUGCAUGCUUGACUCCAGGGAUGCUUUGGUUUCUAAUGCUAGUUUAGUUAGUAGCUUGCUUGUUUAUAUCUUUUGUAUUUCAUCACUUGUUUUAUUGGUCCCCCUGUUUAUGCAAGUUUAUUGGAACGAAUGGAGAGUUAAAAUGCUGCGGUGCAGAUGAUUUUAUUCUAAACCAAAGUUAUAGCUUAUUAGCUGCUUUUAAAAAUGACAUUUCUCUUUGUAUGCCACCAUCCACUAGAUUUUGCACAAAGAAGGUAUAUAUAGCCUCCCUGGUACUCAAGUCUUGGAAAUGACUUUAAGUAACAGAGCUGAAACAUUAAAUUUAAAACCUGUUUUUGUGUUUCAGUAAUUUUAUUUUAGAAUUUUGUAAAAAUUGUGAUAUUUGUUGUUAUUAAGCUGUGACUGUUUGAAGUAGGAUAUGUGACAGCUGUAUCACAAAGGUAAUUAUAUUCACUGUCAUACUUGCCUUGUUGUAUUUUCAGCCUGAGUAAAAAUGUUCUCUAUUUUAAAUAGUAAUUAGAUUUUGACUUCCUGUUAAAAUUAAUAGCUGCCUUUCUUGAAUGCCAGAUUGAUACCAGUUUUAUCAUUUAUAAUGAAACACUCAUUUAUUUGAAGCCCCAGCUUAAAACCUGAACUAUUGUUUUGUCAAGGAAUGGCCACAAGACAAUUUGUUAACAAUUUUGAUAUGAAUAUUGCUGUUGUAGAUUUGUUUAGAGCCAUUGUUUCAGGGGGGGGGGGUGCAUUGGUGUAAUGAAGAAGAAAACUUCUAAAUGUUUCCCACUAAGUGUCUUUAGAUCUUUAAAUAUCCAAGUACAAAAUAAUCUGUUAUUUAAAUUAUAAUUUGGUCUACCCGGUAUUUGUAUAUUUAUAUGUGAAUUUGUACCAGUCAAAGGCACGGAAUUUUUUUUCUUUAAUUGUGAAAUUUAAACCAAGUCGGAUUAAAAAGGAGUACAAUGUAAACCAGGAGAGGAUGGCAUGAAAUUCAUUUGAUUAUGGCGGGCCACUUGAUAAUUUUCUAAGAAUGUAGUUUUUUUAAUUGAAAAUCAAUAAUAAUAGUAAAAUGAUAACUAACAGUGUUAGUAACAGAUCAUUCUAGACAAUAAAUGGAUUUUAAAAAAAAAAUAAUUGAAAAUACUUAAAAGGACAUAACAGAUUGCAUCUGAAAACUAGGUACUAGUUAAAAUUGAAAAUUGUGAAAACAUUAACCCAGUUCUCGGAAGGUCUUGCAAGCCACAUUAAAUGUUUCUGCCGAGUCAUGUGGCCAGUAGGUUGCCCACCUAUGAUUUAAAAUUUAAAUCUUUGCUGUUUUUUAUAUAGAGCUACACUUAGAAAAAUGAUAAAAUAAAUUAAGUAGGCAUUUUACAUUUCCUUAUCUAUAGCUGUGAACAAGCGCACAUUUAAACACCGGUAACCUAUUGGGCAUUAUGUGUCAAAAGAGCUUAAAAGUGUGACAAGUAGAAAGGUAAAAAUUUAUUUAAGGCAUUUUAUAAUAAUUUCCCUUUUAGUUUACAAAAUGGCCUAACCUUAUUUUUGUAUUCAACUAUACAAGGCUACAUCUGUUAUUUUAUUAAAUAAUGUGCAGUUGGAGGUUUUGAAAUGGGCUUGAAGUUUUAGCAGAUAAGAUUUAUAAUGAUGGAAUUUUGAGCAAUUCUUUUGGUGGGCAGGGAGAGAUAGCUGGCAGGUCAACAGGUGCUCUGUACCCUGGUCAAGGUCAUCAGGUGCUCUGUACCCAUCAGUCAUUUGUCUAAGAGGCAGAUUAGCACAUUGUUUUAACUAACCGCAUUGAGUGCAUGAGCCUAAUUUUUAAUUGUAACAACUUGGCUAGGUUUGCUUUGCCAGGUUUGGUAGCUUCAUUGACAAUUGAGGGAAAUUUGGUCAUGAAAUUAUUGAAAUGCAAUAACUUUUAGACAUGCUAUUAAACAUGCACUGUUAUGGUCCGCUUGCUUUUAAAAAACAUUUAAAUCUUAACAUGAUGAAAAUUAUCAGUAUUUUUUUUUCUUGAAGAGUCUGAUUUCUUAACUUAGUAACAGAAUUGUUAAAAUGCAGGAUAAGAUGGUUGCUAAUUAUCAACUGGUUUCUACGUAUUAUAAAAAAUGAGUUACAAGAAAUCAAUUGAUCUGAAGAAAUCAAUUAAUCUGAUCACAGCUGCAUUGACUAGGCAUUUAUAGAAAACAUAUAUUGUAUAAAUAUAUUCAUGAAUUUAAAAUUUCAUUCCUGUUUGCAUCAGUUACCAUAAGAAGUAUAUUUAUUAUUUAUUAUAUAUUAAUAAUAUUAUUCAACACUUUUACUAUUACCAAGAUGCAAAGAAUUUUUUUUUCUGUUAUUUUACUACCAAGAAAUGAAGAGAUGAACUGAUAUAAUUUCUGUGAAUACAUGUACCAUUGAUUGUGACGACUAUAGAUGUCAAUCUAUUGAUCUCUGCACUAGUUGCAGGUUAAUAAAACUAAAGACAUCACUGUGACAAUACUUGAUUAUCAUUCACAAUAUCUGAAUUCCUCUUUUUGUUGUUACACAGUUCAUUAAAAUAUUGACUAACUUCGUCUUUUCUUGUUUACUAAUAUUUCCUCAUCGUAAGUUUAUUUUGAUGGAAAUCUUUCAAACUCA